AUGGCGAAGCAGACGGACAGGCUACCAUGGUUCUUGACGGGCGACUCAUUGGCAGCACCGUACCCAAGUUAUGUCAUCGGAGCUGGUGCAAGGGCGAUACCUGGAAUUCUUCAAGUCUCCAGGAUGAGCGGGAAAGCGUCCUUUUCUUCUGCACUGGGGUUGAUGAAGGACCAAAAGAACUACUUCAGGAUAAACUCGACACUCAACUCGAUCACCUCAAAAUCGUUACAGCUAGCAAGGACAAGAGCACUGGACAACAACCUCAUCCCCAAAUCAUUCUUCCGUAACAACACCCUUUCUGCGUCAUCCCUGUGUUCAAUGCCGACCGACACGAUUGUGACAGUUUUAAUCGGCGGACCCAACGAAGACUGCUCCCAUCACACGGAUAGGAUGGUCCAUCGCCUCGCUCGUCUGGUUGAUGUCCAAAACUGUCGCGUCAUGAUCACCUUCUCGCAACGGACCGCCGAUAACACCAAGCAGGCGAUUGCAAAAUGGCAGAAGGAAGUUCAGGAUGAUGACAAAAUUUUUGUCUAUGAUCCCAUGACACCAAUGACAUCGCCCCAGGAUUCUGCUGCUUCAGGACAGGUUUCAUGGUCGAAUGUUCCAGGACCUAAAGGCGCGAUGGGCUUUGUGGAUGGCCGUAAUCCGUAUGAGGCCAUGUUGGCUUUGGCGGACAAAAUUGUCGUCACUGCGGACUCUGUCGCCAUGGCCAACGAAGCUCUUGCAACUGGCAAACCUGUAUACAUCCUAGGAGGCGAGUUGGCCCGUGGGAAGCUCAAGGUCUUCCACCGAUACCUCGCAGACCACAACAUGACCCGAGCCUUCCGCCCCGGCCGUAUCCCCAUCCUUCCUCCUAUCUCCUCCAUCAGCCGUACCGAAGCUAUCAAGAACAGAUCGGAAGUGAAUGAUACGGCUGACCCUCUGAGUUAUCCAGGCGACCACCCGCCAUGGAAAAACACUUUAGAGGGCAAAGGCCCAGAAGAGGCCAAGAGGCUUGCGGAGAGAUUGGUCGUUCUGAGGGAAUGCCGCUUGGCCGGCAAGCGCGUUCCUGCUCAUGUCGCUGACGCGACGUGCUAA